GAAUGUAAUUGUUGCAGAUUUACAACUGUGUGACCCGAGCAGCAAAGACCCCCUGCUGCAGCUGAUUUUGGGGGUAUUUAUUUAUAGGGGAUCAUGGAGUCUAGAAUGGAUCUGAUCCAUGGUUCUGGGGUCCAGAUGGUACAGUACCUUCAAACCAGCUAUAAGGAUUCCCAACAACUGUUCAUUUUUGUGUCAUUCGCUGCAGAUUUACGAAACACAUUCUUUGUCUUUUUCCCGAUCUGGUUCUAUCUCUGCGAGUCAGUGGGCAUCAAACUCAUCUGGGUGGCUGUGAUUGGUGACUGGUUGAACCUUGUCUUUAAAUGGAUACUUUUCGGUGAGCGACCAUACUGGUGGGUACAUGAAACUUCAUACUAUAGGAAUUCUUCCAUUCCAAAUAUUGAACAGUUUCCAGGCACAUGUGAAACUGGGCCAGGAAGCCCUUCCGGACACUCGAUGGGUUCAGCAGGAGUUUACUAUGUGAUGGUAUCUGCAGUCCUGACAUUAAUUAUCCAAAAAUGUCAGCCAUCCUAUAAAAACUGGUGUCUGCGUGGAAUGCUGUGGAUGGCAUUCUGGGGGAUACAGGUCUGUGUGUCUUUGUCCAGGAUCUUUCUGGCAGCUCAUUUUCCUCAUCAGGUCAUAGCAGGUGUCAUUUCAGGCAUGGCAGUCGCAGAAGCAUUUGGUCACAUCGGUUUGAUCUACAGGGCAAGCCUGAAGCGAUAUGUGUCAAUCACCCUCUUCCUCUUUUUCUUUGCACUUGGAUUUUAUCUUCUCCUGAAAGUCUUUGGAGUGGAUCUUCUAUGGUCUGUGGAGAAAGCUAAGAGAUGGUGUGUCAAUGCUGAGUGGGUUCACAUUGAUACCACCCCCUUUGCCGGCCUGCUAAGGAACCUUGGGACCCUUUUUGGCUUGGGGUUAGCCCUCAAUUCCCAACUUUAUACUGAAAGCUGUAAAGGAAAACAAGGACAAGAGUUCAAAUUCAAAUUGUACUGUAUUGUGUCGUCCUUGAUAAUUUUACAUUUAUUUGAUUCAUUCAAGCCACCAGCUAAGAUCGAACUGCUGUUUUACUUCUUGUCCUUCUGCAAGAGUGCUGCUGUACCUCUGACAGCUGUAGCAAUCAUUCCAUAUUGUAUCUCUCACAUCACAAGGACACAUGAUAAAAAAAUGGUAUAAAGUAAACACUUUGGAACUAUAUUUCCCAUAAAGUACUCAUGGCCCCAUUUCACAUUAAAAGAAAUGUUAAAAACUCUUUUGUACAGCAAUUAUAGACAAUAGUACACCCAGCGCUUCAAAUACAUUGUUUAUCUCCAGCAAAAUGAAAUUUAAAAAUGCUCACAUGUAGACAGAAAAGCUGUCCUGUAAUGAAAAUGCUUCACAUAAUUAUGUGAGGAAAUGAGGGGCCUAUCACAACUAGCAAUGGAGUAUACCCUUUAUGGUAUUUAUUAUACAUUAUCACUGUUACAGAACUUGGCUUGUGUCAAUAUCAGAGCAGAGAAAGUGAGAGAAAGGCAAAGCAUACAUGUUUCACUAGACUAGGCUGUUUGAACUGAUGGUGUAUUACUUUCAUCACUACACAGCAGUUAGUAAUUUUCAGACAUACUAUUACCCGCACAUUUUCGGCUCAUAAAUAAAUACUAUUGACAAUUCAAUUUUUUGUAUAAAAAAUGUGUAUAAUGGGGACAGUAGAGUAUGGAUGCAAGCUAGUGUUUGUAAACAAUGGUAAAUAGGGGUGCACAGAACUGACUUAUAUGGAACAUGGCUUCUGAUAUGAAUGCUACAGCUGAGCAAACACUGGUAACAACUUAUGUCACAUUUUUACUGCUUACUUGCACUAAUUAUAUGUGAAUCACUGUACAAAAUCAAAAUACACGAACAUCUUCAAAAUGGA